AUGACUAGGAUACUACUACUACAACUGCUGGUGCUUGUGGCUGCUACUGCUUCCCAUGCAAGGCAAAGGUCUCAGUUCACGAGGUUUCGCUCAUGGAACACUCGCAUGUACCCAGCCUGGAGAGAGGGAGAUCCCAGGUUCAGGAACUGCUGGAGGGGUGGCAAUGUGACAUUUGAGCUGAAGAACGAUGCUCCGACUCUGAGUGGAGCCAAAGCCACUUUCACCAUCAACUUAAACUUCCCCUCAAAUCAAACUGUGCUGUCUGAUGGCACUGUGGUGUGGGCCCAGAACUGCACUGUGGAUGGGCAGCAGUACCAGGCGGGUCAGCCCGUGUACCCGGACGCUCAGGGCACAGCCAUGUUUCCCGAUGGGACCCCAAUCAGAACCCAGAGACGGCCACAGAGAUACAUCUAUGUGUGGAAGACCUGGGGUCGUUUCUGGCAGGUUGCGGAUGGUCCCUCCUCGUCCCUCUCUAUCGGGACAGAGAACAUUCCCAUGGGCUCCUACAACAUGGAGCUGGUGAUCUACCACCAAAGAGGAAAGGACAACUUCAUACCCCUGGGAUAUGCCUCCUCCAUGUUCACCAUCACCGACCAGGUCCCCUUCACCAUCUCCAUGAGCCAAGUGAACGACCUGAACGUAGAGGACCAGAGCUUCAUCCAGAACCGUGCGGUGGCCUUCAGCGUGAACCUGCACGACCCGAGCCAGUACCUGAGCGCCGCAGACCUCAGCUUCACCUGGGACUUUGGAGACAACACCGGGACUCUGAUCUCCAGGGACCGCACUGUCACUCACACCUAUCAGACUGUGGGCUCCUUUAGACCACAAGUCAUUCUCAUGGCCAGCAUCCCCACCUGCGGAAAUCCUACUGCAGUGGUUCCAGUGGAGUCAUCUGCCUCUCCAGAUGUGGUGGUGGUGAGUCCAGCUGCUGUCCCUGAUGCUGAGGCUCCAGCUGUGGACACUGCAGUGGUUCCAGACACCGACACAACAGUAGAGACCGGAGAUGAUGCUACUGCAGAUGCUGCCACUGAUACUGCUGUCGAGGCCGCUGCUGAUGCCGCUGCUGAUGCUGCUGCUGCUGAUGCUGCUGCAGAUCCUGAUGCUGCUGCAGAUGCUACUGCAGAUGCUGCUGCAGAUGCUACUGCAGAUGCUGCUGCAGAUGCUGCUGCAGAUGUUACAGCUGAUGCUACAGCUGAUGCCACUGCUGAUGCUACAGCUGAUGCUACAGCUGAUGCCCCUGCUGAUGCCACUGCUGAUGCAACCAUUGAUGCUGCUGUCGAUGCUACUGCUGAUGCAACAGUUGAGGCUGCAGCAGCUGAGGCUGUUCCCGCCAACACUGAGGCUGCAGCUGAUGCUGCCACAGAGGAGGCUGCUGCUGUUGAAGCUGUGGUCACUGAAGACGCUGCUGCUGUAGAGGAGACUGUUGACACAGCUGUAGAUACUGAGGCCACAGAGGGUGAAGUUGCCACUGUUGAGGAGGCUGCCCCUGAAGCUGCUGUAGAAGAUGCCACUCCAGCCGUCGCCGCAGAGGUUGUACCUGUUGCAGAGGCUGCACCUGUCACAGAGGUUGCACCUGUUGCAGAGGCUGCACCUGUUGAGGCCGAACCUGCCACAGAGGCUGAAGCUGCUGAGGAGACAGUCGUGGCUGAAGAGGCUGUUGUUGAGGAGAUGGAGGCGGCUGCAGAUAACACAGUAGUUGCUGCUGCCACAGUCGCUCCAGAAACAGCUGUAGAGGCAGCUCCAGAGGCAGCUGUAGAGGGAGAAGGGGAGGUGGUGGCAGAGGCAGCUCCAGAGGGAGAGGUGGUCACGGAGGGGGAGCCUGAGGUGGAGACUGAAAAUGUGGUGGCAGCGACCGCAGCUGCUGCAGAAGCAGAGGCAGAGCUCCCCCUGGUGAUUGCAAAACGUCAGGCCCCUGAGCUGACCGCAGACUGCACUGUUUACCGCUACGGUUCCCUCGCCACCUCCGUCCAAGUCGUCCAGGGCAUUGAGAGCGUGGAGAUCGUGCAGGUGUCCAAUGUUGUGUCUUUGGCCACAGAGCUGGAGCAGAAUGCUGUGGAUGUUACUGUUUCAUGUCAGGGAAGUCUUCCCAGUGAGGUGUGCACUGUGGUGUCAGAUGCUGACUGUAUAACUCCAGUACAGACACUGUGCUCCGUUGCCAUGCCGACUCCAGACUGUCAGCUCAUCCUCAGGCAGUUCUUCAACGACACUGGAGUCUUCUGUCUCAACGUGUCCCUCACCAACGAUGUGAGCUUAGCCGUCACCAGUGCCCGCGUCAACGUCAAUAUGGCGAGCACAGGGUCUCCGGCCGGUACUGCAGCCACAGUCCUGGGGGUGAUGGUCCUGGCUUGUGUGGUCUGCUGUGUUGGGCUCAUGUACAGGCGUCUGAAGCAGUAUCAGCCCCUGGUGGAGGAAUCUGGCUCUGGUUCAGUCCGGACCUCAGUGCCUCUGCUACUGUGGAACCUCCUGAGUCGCCAGAGUCCAGGAGAGAGCCGGCCACUGCUCCAUGGACGCAUCGUUUAAACUACACCAACACUGUACGCAAAUCUGUAUCAAAACUACUUACUCUGUACGUUGGGGCAGGCAAAAUGCAAAAAA